UGAAAGUAAGGUAUCUAUAGCUUCUCAUGCAAAAUUCGAAAAUUAACAUGCAGUCAGUAUUAACCUUAUCUGCUGUUCUUGCCCUCCUCUUGAUUGCAAACACUUCCCAUGCAAGGCCUGGUGUGGGAGGAUAUUGGCAUGUUGCGAACGACGAGGCAAUGUCAAUAUUGAUUCGAGCUCGUAAGGAUGUGAGCAAUGCUGCAGAUUCCGCUCUCUCUAACGACAGAAAGAGUGAUCCUGUACCCGAUGUCACCAUAUACCAUGGUGAUUCUCGUUUGAAAGGAAAGAAAUCACACGAAGACGAGUCCGACCCAAUGGCCGAUAUUAAAAUAUAUCACGGUGAUUUUCAUCUGAAAGGAAAGAACUCAUGUGAAAAUGAGUAUGAUCCUAUACCCGAUGUUACCAUAUAUCAUGGGGAUUCUCAUCAUUUGAAAGAACAGAAGACGUACAUAGAUGAGUCUGAUCCGGUACCAGAUGUGACUAUAUACCAUGAUAAUUCUCACUUGAAAGGAAAAAACUCAUACAUGGAGAAGUCCGAUCCUAUACCAGAUGUCACAAUAUACCAUGAUGAUUCUCAUAACUUGAAGGAGAAGAAUAUCUAUAUAGAUGAUGAGUCCGAUCUUGUACCAGAUGUUACCAUAUAUCAUGGGGAUUCUCAUUUGAAAGAAAAGAACGCGUACAUGGAUGAAUCUGAUCCGGUACCAGAUGUGACUAUAUACCAUGAUAAUUCUCAUUUGAAUGGAAAGAACUCGUACAUGGAGAAGUCCGAUCCUGUACCAGAUGUCACAAUAUACCAUGAUGAUUCUCAUAACUUGAAGGAGAAGAAUAUAGAUGAGUCCGAUCUUGUACCAGAUGUUACCAUAUAUCAUGGUGAUUCUCGUUUGAAUGAGAAUUAAGGACCGACAAGUACUGCAUGGAUGAGCUAGUCUGGUGAUCCUGUACCAGAUGUUACAACUUACAAGCUGCUGCAUGACAAAAGCAAUAUAUGUAACAUAUGAAUAAGAUUGUUCCCUUGUCUGAUCUGUUUCAUCAUUUGUCUUCACCUUGUUACUGUUAGUUAAGAACAAGUGCAUGUGUCUUUAAGUUUCUA